AUGGAAGUGGCCUCGCGAGACGCGCCCAGCUUUCGCGACAGGCUGCUGAGACCUCCCAUUUACUGGCUCUUCCAUUCCUGGCGCCUCUUCGGUUAUGGUGUUCUCAUCCCGCCCCUCCUGGUUUAUCAACCUCUUAAGACUCUGGCCGGCAUUGUCGCUUACGCAGCCGUCCAUCGCCAACGCUGGUGGCAGCAAAGUGUGCACAGGUUUUUCGGAUACGGAGCAUCUCGUCGACAUCGCUUCGUCAACGAGCAUACAGACGUGAUCAAAGACGACAAGCGAUACCUGUGGUCACUGCACCCACACGGCCUCCUUGCAGAUGGCUGGCACUCAUUGAUCGCCCGGAACUUGGACUCCUUCGCGGACUCCGGGAAGGGCCCGCCUGCUGUGGGGCGAAAGAUCGCCCUCUGCUUUGCACCCGUUAUCCAGCAUGUGCCAGUGCACCAGGAGAUGUACCGGGACCUGUGCACUUCGGCAAGCAGGAAAGACAUCGUCAAGUGGUGGAAGACUGCAGACACUGAUCCGGCGCUCAUUCCCGGCGGUUUCUCCGAGGCAGUCUUCGUCAACUCCGCAGAGCGCAAGUACGAGUACUCGUAUCUCAAGAACAGAAAGGGCUUUGUGAGGAUCGCUGUGGAGGAGGGUAAGGACAUCGUCCCCUGCUACACGUUCCGCCAGAGCUGGAUGUACCGGACACCUCGGACAUUGCGCGCCGCGCGGGCGCGACUGUCCCAGCACAUCUUUGUAGGUAUUAUCCCAUUCUUUGGGUGGAUGGGCACUUCCAUGCCUCUCACGGACAAGACAACCUCGGUGGUCUUCCCGCCUUUCCCGGCCUCCGAGUACAAGCCAGACCAGGUGGAUGCCGCACACGCCGGGUAUCUCGAGCACCUGAAGAAGUAUUUUGACUUGUACAAGAGCCGCUUCGGCAUGAAGAAUGUGGAGCUCGUUUUCAUCGGGAACGAUUUCAAGGACGAUGACUGGGCGGAGACCUACCUGGACAUCCAGCAGGAGCCGGUCUCCUGGGUAGAACCUGAAUUCCUGUCGGCCGAGAAGGAGGGGAGACUGCAGGAAGCGGUGUCGAGGGCCCUGCAGCUCAAGGCCGUCAGCUCGUUUGAGACCGCUGCGUGGCUGCGGCAGUUCAGGCACUCAGGGCGCUGGGACCUGGCUUUGGCCGUCCUCGAGGCUUUGCGCCGCUGCAGUGUCUGUGGCCGCUUUCAGUAUGCGGCUGCCCUGUCAGUCUGUUCGAAGGCAGCCGCUUGGGAGGCUGCCCUUCAUCUCCUCAAGGAACUCAAGGAGACGAAGGCGGAGAUGGAGGUCUCGGAGUUCACGGCCGUGGUGUUGGCAUGUGAGCGCAACUCGCGCUGGACCCAGGGCUUGCAGCAGUUCGACGAGAUGGCUGCGCAGCUGCGCCCCGACCUUCGGGCCCAUACCGCUGCGUUGCAAUGCGGUGCGAGCUGGCCGAUGGUGCUGGCUGCCUUGGAAACGCUGGCGGCGCGGCAAAUGGAACCCGACAGCCACUGCAACGUGGUGCUGCUUGGCACCCUGGAGCAAAGCGAGUGGCAAUUGGCCUUUGCCACGCUGGAGGUUCUGCCUGCUGGUGGCGCUCGGCAGAUUGCCUCGAUCGCACGAAUUGGCGCUGCCCGCUGGAUGAGGUCAUUAGAGCUGAUGCGCGAGAACACGGAUGCCUCGAACAUCUACGUGUAUAACGCCCUGGCUUCUGCGGCUCCUUGGCAGCGGGCCUCGGCAUUGCUUGGCGCAGCGGCGGCGAGCGGGCUGCGACUGGAUGCCAUCGGGUACUGCUCUGCUCUCUCCGCGAGCGCUGAUGCCAGCUUCUGGGCUCACUCCCUGGAGCUGUUUUGGGAUAGCUGGACGAGGACCAUUGCGCCGGACGAUGCGCUGAUCGGCGCUGCCAUGCUGGCAUGCCCUUUACCGCUCCUGGGCGGUCUCCGUGCUUCUUUGCGCCGCUUUGGUGUCGCCAUUUCGGCCUCGGCAUCGGCGGCUGCUGUCGUGGCGAAGAAAGACUGUGAGGCUGCGAUCGAGCUGGCGGCGCAGGGCUCCGAAGGACCACUGGACGAGGAGCUACUUGGAAGUCUCCUCACCACGGCCACCAAGGCCACCAGGUGGGCCUCUGCCCUGCUGGCACUCCGCCUGCCGCAGUCAGCCGGACUUUUGAGGAGGCCCGGACCAGUGGCCACGGCUGCGUCCAAGGUCUUUGCCGACGGAGCCUGCUGGGCCGAAGCCGUCAGCCUUGCACGGCAGCUGGCUGCAGGUUCUGGCGACGUGUCCGAGGUUUGUGCCAAUGCCCUGACAGCGUUGGACCAGGUCAGUGGCUGGGAGCACGGGCACCGCCUCUUUGAGGAAUUGCUGCUGUGGCGGUGCGAGCUGGAUGCUGUGUGCUACAACUGUGCUGUGACAGCAUGCAGACAAGGCCAGCAGUGGGAGCAGGCUGUGGCACGCAGCGAGUCCAGCCGUGCAGCGCACGUCACAGCCAGCCAGGAUCCGGUCCUCUUCGGCGUGGUGGUUUCCGCUUGUGGCCAAGGCAGCGCUUGGCUUCCGGCCUCGGAGCUCCUCCGCGCGGCCGAUCGCGCUCGCGCAGAGUCGGAUCUGGUGCUUCUGUCGAGCGGAUGCAUGGCCGCGGAGAAAGGCGGUCGUUGGCAGGCCGCUUUGUGGACCCCGGAAGGGACGGCAGCUGCAGGGCUGCCGCAGGACGUGGUCCUCCGGAACAGUGUCCUGGCCGCUUCCGGAACCUGGCCGCGAUCUCUGGUUCUGCUCGAGGAGGCAGGAAACGCCACGAUCGUCAGCUUCAGCGCCGUCCUCGCAGCCUGCGAGCAAGGUUCCGCUUGGUCUCCGGCACUGUCGCUGCUGCGUCGGCUUUCGCACGACGGCUUGGAGGCGAAUGCCAUCGCAAUGGGGACCGCGGUGGAUGCAGCUGUUUCAGGCGAUCAGUGGGAGCACGCGCUGGUGAUGUUUGCUGCGUUUUGUCAGCGAGGUGGCGAGUGUGACCUCGCAGCUUGUGGGGGGCUACUGGCAGAGUGUGAGCAGUCCGGGAUGCAAAGUGUGGAGGUCGACUUGCUCGGCUUGCUUGGUUUCACCCUUGGUCCAACUGGUCCAAGCACAGCCGGCGAGCUCUGGAAGAUGACGCAGAGCAACAUGAGGUCGCUCGCCAGGGCUGUUGGACUAGUGGCUUGCAUUUGCGCUCCCCUCACAUCCGGUACCGAAGUAUUUCAUUCCAUCGGCACACAGGCCUGCAAGACGGGUGACGAGGAUCUGACGAACCUCCUGCAGAUCAUCCCCGACUGGCAGCAGCUGUCCCAUGAGUCCCACGAGGGCCAGCACGUCCACGAGGGCCAGCACAGUCACGAGGGCCAGGGCCACGCGCACGGCCAUGCCAAGAACGGCGGCAAGGCAGGCGUGGCAGGCGUCACCUCGAGGCGGAUCUCACAGACACAGCAGAGCGCCCAGCUCCAUGAGCACGGCGCGGCGCAGACAAACAGCUCGGGCAAUGCUACUAGCAGCACCGCCACAGCGAGCUGCGUGGAUCUCAUUCAUCAGUGCCGCAACGACUUCGAUUGGAACUCGUGUGUGGGUUUCGAGUCGCGCUGCUACAAUGCAGCAAAGGCAGUCCAGCUGAUCCAGAUUACGACUCAGCAGAGCCAAGCUUCAGCUCCGGUCGUCAGAGCGAACUUGGAUUGCGACACGUGGAGCUUGCGAUGCCAGAGCCAAGACUGGACGGCGUGCCUUUACUUUGAGGACCACUGCCAGCAGGCUUCCCCGCGUCCGAGACAGCUUUCGCUAGCCUUUGCCAGCAGCAGCCUAUCGCAGCCGACGUUUCAAAGUGCCCGACGAGUGGAGGAGGGACAGGACUGUGAAAGCCUGAUCUCACAGUGCCGCAACAACUUCGAUUGGACAGCGUGCACAAGCUAUGAGGCGCAAUGCAGCCGCCAGGCGCAGGUCCGAGCGGCCACACUAUGA